UUUAUUUCUUUGUAAAUAGGUGGAUAGAUGGGGAGGUGGGCGACAGAAAGAUGUCACGAUGAUCAAUACUAUUCAUGCAGCUGCUCAUCACAGGUCAGCUUCAACAGCUGUGAAGAAGCUGAUCUACCCGGCGGCAGAUCGCAACAAGGACCCGAUCUUGCGAGUCCUGAAGAGACUGAUUCACCCCGGAGCGGACCAGACCCUAUUAGAGAUCGCCUCAGGCUCAGGUCAACACGUGGCUCACUUCGCUCCUCACUUUCCCCAAGUGACAUUCUACCCCUCCGAAUUCGACGCCCAUCUCCUGGGGAGCAUCAUCGCCCACACCCAGGACUUCAACAACGUCCGCGAGCCCCUGCACAUCGACGUCUCCGCGGAUUGCAGCACCUGGCCUGGUUCACCGUUCAAGGAGAAGACUCUGGAUUACAUCUACUGCGCGAAUAUGAUCCACAUAUCUCCCCUGAAGUGCACGAUUGGGCUCUUCAAGAACGCGGGAGUUCUGCUGAAGCCUGAAGGACUGUUAAUCACUUAUGGGCCUUAUGCUGUCGAUGGAAAAAUCACUCCCGAGAGCAAUGUUAAUUUUGAUAAGUCCCUGAGGUCUCAGGACCCCGAGUGGGGCCUCAGGGAUGUCAGGGACCUGGAGAAACUCGCUCUUGAGAAUAACAUCAAAUUAAUUGAAAUGGUUAACAUGCCGGCUAACAACAUGACUUUAACUUGGAAAAAAAUGUGAAGUCGUCUCAAUUAUUCUUGAAUUUAUUCGUUUAUGUCGCGGAUACAUCACGGAAACUUCAGUAUUUUAGAGAAAUUAGGGGCGUAAUUGAGGAGAUGAAAUUCAUUCAGACAUCUGCAUAAUCGUAAAUUUUGAAUAAGUCAACUGUUAAUAUGACUCAAUUUUUAAAUUGAUAAAUUAGUCAUCAAUUAAAUAUCCAUAAAUUCGAAGUCUUUUUUAUGAAAUUUAGAAAUAUUUACUCAAUAGGGAAUUGGAAAUUUAAAUUAUCAAUUAUUUUAUUAUGUCUCAAAUUUUAGUGAGAAAUGAGUGAAGUUUAAUUAUUUUAAGGCACAACUUCUCAUAAUAUGUUAUGGAAAACAAAAUCACAUUUUAAUUGGAGAAAAAUAUAUAUAAUUGAACAUGA